AUGGCUCUGCCCUUGCUCAAAUCCCUCGAGGAAUGCGCCGACUUCUCCCAAACCGUCGAACCGUUCGUACCCCAACUCUAUGAACUGCCCCGGGAGCUUAUCGAACGCGCGUCAAGCUUAGACGGAUUGCUUGACCUCUACAAACACACCAACCCCCUUGUCUCAGGGUUUGCCUACUCCCUAUUCCUGGCAGUCGUAUUCUUUGUCGUGUCGGAACUCAACAGGAACUACUCCCAAGUAGAUCGCAUGUGGAGUCUUCUACCAACCAUCUACAACGCCCACUUUGCUGCUUGGUCUCACGUGAAUAAUCUCCCGAGUAAGAGGGUCGAUCUUGUGCUGCUAUGGAGUAUUAUUUGGAGUGCCCGUCUUACUUUCAACUACUGGCGGAAGGGGGGCUAUUCCGUCGGGUCGGAGGAUUAUAGAUGGUACAUUGUGCGCAACAAGGCUCAUCCAGUAUUGUUUUUCCUCUUCAACGUUACCUUCAUCUCGUUCAUUCAAAGUGUCCUACUACUUCUGCUUGCAACACCAACCUACGCAAUUAUGCUAGCAGCGCAACACGAAAAAGAUAUCACGGCAGCGGAUCUGGCGUUUAUGGCGGUGCAGCUAGGGCUGGUCCUCAUCGAAUGGUUCAGUGAUCAACAACAGUGGGACUACCAGAAUGCGAAACAUAAGUACCAGAAGACAGCCAAACUGCCUCCUGGAUUCCAGCAGCAGGAUCUUGACCGUGGCUUCAUUACAUCCGGGCUUUGGGCGUAUUGCAGACAUCCCAAUUUCUCAGCUGAGCAGACGAUAUGGUUCGUGCUAUACCAAUGGAGCUGCUAUGCCUGCAAGGUUCUCUACAGCUGGACUGGAGUUGGCUCGAUGGCCUUGAUCCUGCUGUUUCAGGGUUCAACUUGGCUCACCGAACUGAUCACGUCACAAAAAUAUCCCGAGUACAAGCACUACCAACAUCAGGUUGGCAUGCAAAUACCGAGCCUGACUCCAUACGAGACCCCCAAGCCUAAGGUAAUUCGGACGAGCGACUUGGCCAAAAGGCAGAAGGCAAAACAAAAGUAG